UUUAGUUGAAGAAAUUCAACACUCUUUCUGGAGUUUCAAUUUCAACGACAGAGAAGUAAAUGGGUUUGGGACAGUGGUGGAGAUUCCUUUACUUUUACCAAAACCAUGAGGCAUGAUGAUGAUGACUAUGUGGUCACACAGAGAAUAAAAACUAACACAAUAGAGUGAUGAGUCAGAGCAGUCAGCACAGAAAAAAAGAGGUGGGAUUGGAAUUGGAGUUUGUUGUAACGUAACAAGUUGUUCAACCCAGAGGGCGUGGUUGUUUUUGUUGGAUUUUGCAUGGAGGCUGAGUUUGGAGGGAAGAAUCAGUACUUGUAUAUGAAGGCUGUUGGCAAUGGGAAGAGGAGUUUGGAAUGGGAUUUGCAUGAUUGGAAUUGGGAUGGUGAUCUUUUCACUGCUCAACCACUAAAUUCAGUGCCAUCAGAUUGUAGGAGUCGCCAGUUUUUCCCACCACAUCCUGAAACUCCUGCAAAAAAUACUAAUACAUCCAACAAUUUGUCGUCUUCUAUAUUCAGCUCCGGAGAAGGAAAGAGAGAAUUGGAGAAAAGAAGGAGGGGUGUUGUAGGUGAAGUUGCAAGGGAGGAACUGAAUGAUGAGGGUGGUUCUCUUAAUUUGAACCUUGGGGGUCAAGUUUACCCUGUUAUGGUGGAAGGGGAGGAAAAAAGUGGAAAGAAGACAAAGGUAAUUGAGAGCACUGCUCCUACUACUACUACUUCUAACCGUGCUGUUUGUCAGGUGCAAGAUUGUAGGGCUGAUCUUAGUAAUGCCAAGGAUUACCACCGUCGGCACAAGGUUUGUGAUGUGCAUUCUAAGGCCACUAAGGCACUAGUAGGAAAUGUUAUGCAGCGUUUUUGUCAACAGUGUAGCAGGUUUCAUGUUCUUCAAGAGUUUGAUGAAGGGAAGAGAAGUUGUCGUAGGCGUCUGGCAGGCCAUAAUAAGAGGAGGAGGAAAACUCAUCCUGAUGUUACUGUUGUUGAUGGAGGCUCUCUGAAUGAUGAAAGGGGCAGUAGCUAUCUAUUAAUGAGUCUGCUACGGAUACUGACCAAUAUGCAUUCAAAUGGCUCAGAUCAUACAAGGAACCAGGAUAUCCUAUCUCAUCUGCUGAGGAACCUGGGAAGUCUGGCUGGUACAAUUAAUGGAAGAAGUUUAGCCUCCUUAUUGGAGGAAUCUAAAGGUUUGUUAAAUGCUGGGAUGCCCGGAGCUUCUCAUGAUAAACCCAAUCUUAAUUCAAAUGGUCCUGAAGCUUCCAGGCCUUCUGGUUCUUCCAUCAAAUCAGAUACUGGCUUCAUCGCUCAGGACCCUCCAAUGUCUGUGGCACAGUGUGAAACCAUGCCUGCUUAUGGUGUGACACAAAAAUGUAUACCUUCAGGUGAUGGUGGAGUUGGAAAUUUAGAACUUCCUUCAGGACUACUGCCCUCAAGUGUAAGUCAAUCAAUGGACAACCUUCCGUCCCAUUUAACCGCAGCAGAGCCAGAGACUACAGUUGGAAGGGACAGAUUAAACGACAUUGACCUGAAUAAUGCAUACAGUGAUAUACAAAAUACUGUUGAGAAUCCUAAGAAGCCUUAUCCUCAUGUGGCUUCAGAGAUGGGGUCUAUUGAUCAUCCUUCAUGGUUGCAAUGCAAUUCCCUCAAAUAUAGUCCUCCGCAAACAGGUACAAACGCAGAGUCAACCUCAACCCGAUCUCCAUCUAGUUCCAGUGGAGAAGCUCAGAGUCGCACAGGUCGAAUUGUCUUUAAACUCUUUGGAAAGGAUCCAAAUGAUUUUCCCCUUAUUCUCCGAUCGCAGAUCCUCAACUGGUUAUCCCAUAGUCCCACUGAGAUAGAGAGCUAUAUAAGGCCAGGCUGUAUCAUAUUAACAAUAUAUCUCCGUCUAGAAAAAUCUGCAUGGGAGGAGCUCUGCUGUAAUCUAGGAUCCAACCUGAGAAAGCUUCUUGCUGGGUCAAAUGAUUCUUUUUGGAAAACAGGAUGGAUAUAUGCAAGGGUGCAACACUCUGUAGCUUUUCUUAAUAAUGGUCAGGUAAUCUUAGAUGUGCCACUGCGUUUCAAAAGUCCACAAGAUUGUAAGAUAUCAUACAUUAAACCACUUGCUGUUCCUAAAAGUUCUUGUGCUCAAUUUAUUGUGAAAGGAUUCAACCUUUUUCAGUCUAGCACAAGGUUGUUCUGUGCACUUGAAGGAAAAUAUCUGGUACAUCAUAGUUGUCUUGAUUUGAUUGAUGGAGCUGAUUUAGCCACUCAGUAUCUCAGCUUCUCUUGUCAAAUACCAAAUGUAACUGGGAGGGGGUUUAUUGAGGUGGAAGAUCAUGAUCUUAGCAGUUGUUCCUUUCCAUUUAUAGUAGCAGAGCAAGAUGUUUGUUCAGAGAUCUGCAAGCUGGAAAAUGUGGUUGAGGCAGCUGAGACUACUGACGACAUCAAGAUAAAAAACCAACAAAUGGAAGAAAAGACUCGAGCUUUGGAUUUCUUACAAGAAAUGGGCUGGCUCCUUCAUAGAUCUCAUGUGAAAGUUAGGCUAGGUUCCAUGGUUCCUACCCAUGAUCCCUUCCAAUUCAAGCGGUUCAUGCGGCUUGUUGACUUCUCCAUGGACCAUAGUUGGUGUGCUGUGAUGAAAAAACUCUUGGACAUUAUAUUUGAGGGUGGUGUUGAUACAGGAGAGCAUGCUUCCAUUGACCUUGCAUUGUUAGACAUGGGCCUUCUACAUAGAGCUGUGAAGAGAAACUGUAGGCCUAUGGUAGAACUACUAUUAAGACUUACUUCAUAUGGUGCAGACAGUGAAGUGAAUCAAGUUGACAAGGCUAAUGAUAAGUUCUUAUUUAGACCUGAUACUGUUGGCCUAGCUGGGUUGACUCCUCUUCAUGUUGCAGCAAGUAUGAAUGGCACAGAAAAUGUGUUGGAUGCAUUAACCGAUGAUCCAGGAAUGUUAGGAAUUGAAGCAUGGAAAAGUGCUCAGGACAACAGAGGUUUGACACCCAAUGACUACGCAUGCCUCCGAGGAUAUUACUCCUACAUUCAACUUGUCCAAAAGAAGAUCAACAAACAAGGUGAAAGACAACAUGUGGUUCAUAUCCUUAGUACUGUUGUAGAUAGUAACACAAAGCAGAAGUCAGAUGGGCAUAGGACAUGUAAAGUUUCAAGUUUGCAGACUGAGAAGAUUGAAACCGCAGCAACGGCGCGUCAAUGUGGGCUAUGCCAGCAUAAGCUGGCUUAUGGUGGCAUGAGAACAACACUGGUUUAUAGGCCAGCCAUGCUCUCAAUGGUGACCAUAGCAGCAGUUUGUGUCUGUGUGGCUUUGCUCUUUAAAAGCUCACCUAGAGUUUAUUAUGUGUUCCAACCCUUCAACUGGGAAUCAUUGAAGUAUGGAACAAUCUAAUGCUGUAUAUAAGUCCAAGUUUUGGGGUAUAUAUGACAUAUUAUAAUAGUAGUAGUGCAGUCAUCAAAAUAUAUGGGGGAAGCCCAGGGUUGACACUUCAGCUGUUGAGCACAGAAUCUUGAUUAUGCUGCAACCUAUUAAAUAUUGGGUCAAUGUUAUGUUAUGGCCAUUAUGGGUGUUAGGAUAGGGAUAACGGUUGUCGGCAAUUUGAGGAAGUUACCUUGUCUUAAUCAUUAUUGAAUAAUAUAAAAUAUUUACAGUUUAGUUUAAUUUUCUUUUAACCAUCAUGAUUUAUAUAUGUAUGACAUUAGUUGAAUAUGAUUUUAAUAAUUGAUAUCAUUAUGGUGAGGUCACCGUAAUGAUGUUGAAUCAUUGAU